AUGUCUGAAGAACGGUUGCCACCUUACGAACUCUCCUUUUCUCAUGAGGCUGAUGCUCCAAGCUAUGAUUCUGAUAGCAAUUUCGUCGCAACUCGAACAUCUGAUCCAGAUGCGACGGCCAGCUUGGGCAACGUCACGGCGACAUGCAAAGCACUAGAUCCCUGCUCAGCUUCGGGCAGACCAUACUAUCUCAUUCUUCCGAAAAGCUAUGUCGCUCCUGUCUUCCAACAUGGAAAGCCGCAGUCGUCGUGGCUUUUGACGACGCUCCGGCAAUAUUGCUGCACUACAAUAGAGAAUAGGCACUAUCGCCUCCAAUUCUCAGUGAAACCCUUCUGCCUGACUCAAGAAGGCAUCACAUUAGAUGUCGGUUACCUACGAAGCGAUUCGCCUCGACCAUGCCCUGGAGACACUUCUCCCUUCAGCCCGUACGAGAUGACGUUACAGUUUGUUCCGGUCUUCUUGCAGCCUCGCCCUGAAUGCUACAGACGCGAGCUGUUAUACAGGGGCUCAGGUGUGUCCAAAGAUCGCGGUCGUUACACAACUGGCGGUCCAAAGUACAUCUUUCAUGCAAGCCAAAUUGAGACGUACACAGAUGAUCGCAAGCUUUGUGUGGAGGACCUGGGAUGGACCUACAAGCCCACGCAUAAAUGGAAGGAGAACCUGCUGGCUUUCAAAGUCAUUGCUCAACUAGCCCUUCUGCCCAUGGACAUACGAGACACGCGUGCAGCUCGGACCGUGGCGGUCGAGCUCACUGUCCUGGGCGACAUGUUCUUCGAUCCAGGUGAGCACGAUUCCAGUCCGGUCACUUCUUGUUCAAAAGACGGUCACUCUACGCUGAGUAUGGCUUUUGCACGGGACGGUGACCUACAUGUCAGCCUAGAGGUCGACAAUGCCUUCUUCCGCUAA